GAACCUAGAAGGCUGAGACAAUAGAGAAAGUCAAAACGUCUGGUGCAAACAUGUCUUGCCAUACCAUUAACACGAUUUAAUCAAGUGUACUGAAGGUCUUGCAGUGGUUACCGCAGCAGUUGAAGACAACAGUCCGAGUGGAUAAUAACUGGUUUUUUCUUACACUUUUAGGCGUAUUUUAUUGUUCCCUUUGAAAUUAUGGAUAUAUAACUAUUUGUGUAAGAAAUAUUGCAUAUUUGCGUGAUUUCGUCGGGAGUUGAUUUAUUAGAGUAAAUGUGGGAAGCGUUUGUAAGCGCAAGCCACUUCCUUAUAGGUUAUGAUAAGGAAUUUAGUUACGUUUGGGAUUACUCGACUGUCAUUGAACAUAAUGGGUCAAGGAGGAUCAACAGCAACUAUCAGUAAUAUGCCAUCAUUAUUGCAUGACAUUGAUGUGCCAACUAAGAAAGCAACAUUUGCCAUGUCAUGUUUUUGGGCACCAGAUUCAUUAUUUGGCAUCCAGAAAGGUGUUAUUCGUACUCGUGUUGGAUUUGCAGGGGGUACAACAGAACAUCCUACAUACCACAAAAUAGGAGAUCACACAGAAUCGAUUGAAAUUGACUAUGACCCAAAUGAGAUAUCAUACAGUGAAUUGCUAGAUAUGUUUUGGAAGCAUCAUGACCCAACGGCAAGGACAUCAAAACAGUACACUUCAUUAAUUUUGUAUCAUGAUCAAGAGCAAAAGGAGUUGGCUGAGAGUACACUGAAAGAAGAGGAAAAAAAUAAAUCUGCGUGUAUUGUCACAAAAGUUUUACCUUCUAGAGAAUUCUAUGAUGCUGAAGAUUACCAUCAGAAAUAUCGUUUACAGCAGCAUCCAUUGCUUAUGGAAGCAGUAGGUCUGGUUCCUGGAGAUAAGCUGAAAAGCUCUCAUCUGGCUGCAAGACUUAAUGGUUAUGUUGUUGGCAGAGGUGGUGUGUCCCAGUUUGAUGCUGAAGUGUCACGUCUGGGUUUGGACGAGAAAACAGCAGAUUAUGUUCGUAAACUAGUGGUUAAAUAUGAAGGCCAAGGAUUGUUUUGCUAAUUUCCUUUUCUUAUAAGAGUAACUUGUUCAAAAUGUAGUCUUCUAAAGGAGGCCUGCACAAAUCCUGGGUGCCGUGUUGCCAUGGCAACUAGAAUUUUUUGUAUAUUACUUAGAUGGGUUUGUAUCGUUGCAUAUUAUUACAUAACAUUUUCAAAUUUGUGUCAUGUAGUUCUGAUUGUAUCAUGUAGGGGCAACUUCAGUUUUUCUGUUUGUGAUGUAUAUAUUUUCUGGUUCCUAGUUUUUGGAGAUGAUUUAAACUUGUAGAAAAUUGUGCACGCCUAUUUUAAAGUAAUGUGAAUGAAAAUAUAUAAUCUUUCAAUGCUGGUGUUUAUUAUGUGUGAGUAUUUGAAGAAAAUGAGAAUGGUUUUAAAUUGAUGUAAUAGUAAUUGAAAGUUUUUAAAUGCCAAUUAAUUUAUCAAACUGCCUUUGCAUCAGUUCUAUUUAUAUAUCUUUAUUGGCUAGACUUUAUGUAUUGCUAUGCAGUUUUAAAAUUUAUUACUACUUUAAUUCUUAAAGGUUCUUAUUUGGAUGAGCCCAGUGAGAAUGGGAGCAAGAAGAAAAAACACCAAUUUAUUGACAGAUACAUGUAAAUGGCUUUAGAAUCAAACUUUUAAUUGAAGUACCAUGAAAGUGUACAUUUAUAAGAGUUGAUUAAAUCCCCCCCAGCCAACAAAACCUUUAUAAUGAAUUUUGUGAAUUUUUACAUGCUAACAUUUGGGUAAAAUAUUUUGUUGGCAAUAAUGGCUGUUAGGAAUACAGAUACAUUAAUGGUAUUUUAAUAUUGCAAUGCAUCUCAGGAAAAUAAAUUAUGCCAAUGUACGCUAAAUAGAGGCAAUGUUCCAUUGGUUACAGUGGCAAUAAAGUGUUGAACUUUU